AGGCAAAAAAAAAAAAAAAACACAAAUUUCCCUGUUUGUGUUUGAUUUUUUCUACAUAAGUCAUUGUUGCACGUGCGUUAUAACAUUUUCGUGUGUCUUAUGGUUACGCGACUUUAGGUCUUCAGGCAAAGUUGCAGUGCGUGGGAUACAAAGGGGGGUUUCGUUUUCAUUUUAGCCGGUUGGAAAGGAUCGAUCGCUGACUCACAUAUUUUAAGAGAUGCGCUUUUUCGACUUAACGGUCUAAAGGUUUCGAAGGAAUGGAAAGUUCUUUUAGGAGCCCAAAGCAUUUCUGGACACAUGCAGAGGAGGCGUGCCUAAUAGACUGUCUCGUGGACUUAGUUAACGCGGGAGGGGGGUGGAGGUCGGACAACAGGACCUUUCAUUUUGUCUAUUUAGCACAGUUGGUGAGGAUGUUAGGAGAGAGAAUGAUUGGUUGCAGUUUGACGAUGAUCGUCAUCGAAAGCUAAAUAAAGAUGUUGAAAAAGACGUUUCAGGCCAUUGUGGAGAUGAGGGGCCCAGUAGGUAGUGGCUUCGACUGGAACGAUGUCAUCAAGUGCAUCAUCACCGAGAGGGAUGUGUUCGAUCAUUGGGUCCGAACGCACCCUACAGCAAAAGGAUUCCUGAACAAGCCAUUCCCGCAUUACGAUACAUUGUUGUACGUGUUCGGGAAAUAUCGAGCUACUAGGGCCCAUUCGGAGACCUUUGCAGACAUCGUUUCGAACGUGUCAGUCGACAACAAUAGUGCCCUCGCAGAAGAUGGCAUCGACAUGGAGUUCCCUGCUAUGUGUAGCCCGAGGAUGAAUAUGUCCCCUGAGGACAUGAUAGGCGGUAGAUCAAGUCGAUCGAGUGAUGGUAGGACGAGCUCUAGUGAACAGAAAAGGAAGCGCUCCAUGUAGCAGUUUGAGACAUUUGACCUGAUUUAUGAAUGUAUAGAGGCUGCAAUUGAUCAGCUGAGAACCAUUGCAAAGUGGUCGAAGAAAGCUAUGAGUCUGGAGGAUGCGAUGACAGUGCAGGUGAUUGAGCUUAUGGAGAUCAUCUCGAACCUUACUAUGGCGGAGAAGAGUAAGUGUAUCAUGAUAAUGAAUCAGAAGGUGUCGCUCAUGAGGAGCUUCAUCAAGAUGUCUGAUUCGAUGAUGGCCGCUUACUGUAAGGUCCUCCUUGGCGGUGACCUGUGACUAUGUUGAUAUCUUUCCCGUCGAGGACUUUUAUGAUGCUUUAUUUUUUUUCGAACCAUAGACUUAUAUU